GAUUCAACUGAAUCUCAAAAGAAAGUAAUUGUUGCUGUAAAGCAAGGGAAUCUACUUGCUACUGCUUUUCAUCCCGAAUUAACUGCAGACACUCGAUGGCACAGUUAUUUCUUGAAGAUGUUGCCUGAAAUUGGAGAAGGAACUUCUGCUAUUAUUUCCACAUCCACCACAGAUCAAAGCUUCACAGAGCGAUCAAUAAUUGAUUUUCCCAUAUACCAAUAGCAGGAAAAAAAAUCUGAAAGAAAUGAAAAUCUUAUAGAAAGGUUGAAUGACUGCUCGUUGCCAUUGUUCUCUUAAUUUAUGUGUUUUCCUUUAUUCUUGCUUUAUUACCAAUCUUGCAUCCUAAAUGCUGUCCAUACUGGACAGAAAAUAUCAUUGAUGCUAUUCAUUGUUGUUCAUAAUAGUACAGGAUUAUCUUUUGGUUUGCCUCCAGGAUCUUAAUCAGAAAGCAGUUUUUAUGCACUAAAACUUUUCUAGCAAA